AAACAAUUUUAUUUUGUUUAAUUUAAUUAUGUGAUAUUCUCCUGCAUCUAAAUUCAAAAAUACACCGAUUGUGCAGCCCAGCUCCGUUGGUAGCCCACCAUUACCAUUGGUCGUUUUCUUUUUUCUUUUCAACGAAUCUUCUGCCAUUCCCAUCACAGGAAAUCUCCUCCAAGAAUCUCACAACUGUCCUCGCCCUCAAAAUAUCCGUUUAAUUAUUGCUUUCUGCACAUUGGAUUUACAUUUUCUUCCCUUAACCCUUCAUCCGCCCCUCAAUUUGCCGCUCAAUCAUAUCUCUGCAAAGAUAUGAUGUGGUAACUAGGUAAAACUAGCUUUGACUUGGAGAACAGAAGUGCAUUAAGAGAUCAUCACAAGAAUGGUGUUUUGGGAAGGAUAUGUAAGUGAUGAGUCCAUGGGGACUUUUGCCCCACUAGUUGUGUACUGGUUGUAUGCCGGGUUUUAUCAGCUACUCCCUCCUCUAGAUAAUUACCGGCUGCAUACAAAAACCGAAGAAAAUGAGAAAAAUGUAGUGCCUUUAGGAUCAGUGAUCAGAGGUGUUCUUCUUCAACAGUUUGUUCAGGCCGUAGUUGCAGAAUUGCUGUUCUUGGUGACUUCUAAUCCGAGUUCUCCCAGUCAAACUGUCCAACCCUCUCUCCCCAUUCUAUUUCUGCAAUUCAUAGUUGCCAUGCUGGUGAUGGACACGUGGCAGUACUUUGUGCAUCGAUACAUGCACCAAAACAAAUUUUUAUACAAACACAUCCACUCACAGCACCACAGAUUAGUCGUCCCUUAUGCCAUUGGGGCACUUUACAAUCACCCUUUGGAAGGCCUUUUACUCGACACGUUUGGCGGUGCUAUUUCCUUUUUGAUAUCUGGGAUGACUGCACGAACAGCCGUUUUCUUCUUUUGCUUUGCUGUAAUCAAGACUGUUGAUGACCACUGUGGGCUAUGGCUGCCUGGUAAUAUCUUCCAUUUAUUUUUUCAAAACAACACAGCUUAUCACGACGUGCAUCAUCAGCUUCAGGGUUUGAAAUUCAACUACUCUCAGCCGUUUUUUCCGAUAUGGGACAAACUGCUCGGGACAUAUGCUCCGUAUACGCUUGUAAAACGGGCAGAGGGAGGUUUUGAGGCUAGGCUGAAAAAAGAUUGACAAUGUUUUUUAAUAAUUCUUUUUUUUUCCUUUUCUUGUCGUUGUGCUGCUUCUGAGGCAAAUCAGUUAGGUUUUUCAUUAGAAGCUCUGUAUGAAGGAGAGUUGAAAUAUGUGGCUUCUGUUUGAAUUGUCUAUUUCUUGUCCCAAGUUGUUACCACUGCUUAUUUGCCAUGAUUGUUUUAGACUAACUGGCUAAGGUUUGUUGAUUAAGUGAGCAUGUAUUUGUUCUGUAGUAUUAAUAUUGUGAUUUCUAAAACACCCUGAUAAGAUUACAUUCUUGCUUUGGUGAAACUAGUUGAGUGUAUGAUAUUUGGGGCUUAAUCACGUCGAUGGUUUUGUAUGCAAACUUAUGAAGCUUUACUCUAUUUCUCUAGUGGGAUAUUCUUU